GGUCCUUGGCUUUCCUGUGUGGCCUGCGGGCUGAGGAGGAUGGCUGUGAAACCGGCAGCCAUACCUACGUGCAGUGUGAUUUGACUGUUGCCGUGGGGACAAAGAGACUGCUGGAAACAUGGCCUUAUGUCUACAUUUGUGAAGGAAGUUCCCAAUCCCUCUUGGUGCCUGAUCAUUGGACAGAGUCCACCUUUCCGUCGUUCUCAGGCCUCUUCAUCAGCCCUAAAGUGGAAAGAGAUGAAGUUCUCAUCUAUAAUCGCUCCUGUAACAUUACCAUGGAAACUGAGGCAGAGAUGGAGUGUGAGACGUCUAAUCAGCCAAUUACCGCCAAGAUUACUGAGAUACGGAAAAGCUGGGGCCAGAACACUCAG